AUGGCGACAUUAGCGAGCAUUCCUGAGGAUAUUAUCAUGGAUAUACUUUCGAAGUUAUCAGUCGAAUCCAUCUCUCGUUUCAGAUGUGGAUGUUUAUUAUACAUAGAUUUUGAUGUAACAUCCUCAUCUUACCAUAUGGUUGUUGCGACUAAUAUCCCACGUGAUGAUACGUUUGUACUUGACUCUCUACUUACUGAUUCAUGCGAUGGCCUAAUCGGUUCAUCCACCUGUGACCCUAAUGGGUAUACACUCGGAAUGAUCUGCUUGUGGAAUUUAUCAACUCGAGAAUACAAGAACAUACCGAGACCAGCAUCUGACAUAUCCCAUACGAACUUCUCCAGAUAUGGGGUUUGUUACGACCGGAAAAUCGAUGAUUACAAGUUGUUUAGAAUUGUGGCUGAUACCCGAUUUAGUAUUACUUCUGAAGUUUGGGUUAGUAGAUUAGGUACAAAUUCAUGGAAUAGCAUUGGAAACAUACCUUAUCAUAUACAUCGUAUUAAGAUUUCGAUGAAGCCUUUAAAUGGAAUUAUUCAUUGGAUAGUUGAAGAGCGAACUAAAGAUAUUGAAGAGCGAAUUAAAGAGAUCCAAAUGCCCAGUUGCUAUUUAAACAAUGAAUGGUACUCGUCUAAUGAGAUGGAAGUGGGUGUCUUGGGGGAGGACCUAUUCCUAUACAUUAAUGGUACGUCUGGCAAGGGGAACCUCGAUCUAUGGGUGAUGAAAGAUUAUGGACUUACAUAUUCUUGGACCAAAAUUUUCAGCGUUUCGAAAGAUGUGACCAGUUUUCAUUCAUUAAGGCCUCUGCAUUAUCUCAAUAAGCAUCGAGAGAUUCUAUUACACGGUGUACGUUUAGAAGGCAAGGAUGAUUUAGUCUCAUAUGAUCCCAGAAGUAUAAGACUUGUGAAUCUUGAUAUCACAUGCAUGCCAAAACAUUUUAAUGCGACUGCUUUUGAUGAAAGUCUAGUUUUACUCGAUUCGGAUGAAUUCCUAAAGGCCACAAAAUAUCUAAGGUGGUGGAUACCAGUUCUGCAGGCACUUAUAAGAUUUUUACGCUGGCAGUUGAGCGAGUGA